CUGGCGCUUAGGGCCACAACUCCUUGGUAAUGGAGAACCCGAAAAAAAAGCGCAAAGGGAAAAAAAGUGCUCCCAACAUCUCAAAAGAUGAAGGAGAGACCGGAAACACUCACUUCCCGACUGGCGGCCAAGUGCGAAAGAUGCUGUUAGAUGUCUAUGAACGGGAUCCUUUCCUGAAAGAGUUAAAGAAACAAUUGGACGUUCAUCCCGAUGUUCUUCCUCUACCAGCCACCGAUGGGCGGGUACGUUUGAUUGAGGAGUGGGUGACCCAUUCACCUGGGGUCCCAGAAUUGUUUGACUUUUGGGAUGAGGUCGCAAAUACUGGCUUGGAUGCUAACGUCUCCGAUAUCAUUUCGGUCCUGGCUUCCAUACUCAAUUUCACCAGCCACAAUAUUUUACACAUCGCACAUGGAGAGAAGAUACUUUUAAAGCUAUUGGACGCCCCGCGAGUGGAAUCCUUGGGCCACCUGGCUUCCGGCCACAACCAACGUCUGGUCACGCUUGCUUUCAAACUGCUGCGCGCAAUGGCGGAAUUCGACAGUGGAGUAAAGAAGCGGGACGUAAUGGAAGCAUUUAAUUGGGGGGCUGGGUCGCUACGUGCCUUGCUCGAAAUGCGUUCAACUCCAUCAUCGGAAUGGAACCUUAUUGAGGACCCUGAUCCCAGGACGUCAUUUAUCUUAUUUAUGCUUACGUUCUUGACGCCUGAGACUCGGACAUCGACUAAAGGAGUCUUUCUUCUACGACAUCAAGAGAUCUUCGCGCAAAUAUUUGAAGGUUUGCAUGAAGAUCCCUACGAAGUAGUUCAGAAAGUCCUAGAGGUGGCUUGGGAAGGCAUCUGGCGUGAUGUCGAGCUUUCCAAACAUUUUAAACUCCAGGCUUUCGGGCGCGAGGUUCUGCUUCAGAUCAUCAAACUCUACAAAAGAUCAGAUCAAGAGGGGCCCGAUCCCACCGAUGUGCCAGCUGAUACCGCGCACAGUUUUCUUGUUGCAGUGUGCACGACACCCAAUGUGGGUAUCUGCGUACGCGAUAAAGGCUGGUAUUAUGGGGGCUCCGGUGACGAUGGGCCUGACGCAGUUGACAGCGCUGAGCAUCAGGAGUCAGAAGGCUCGAGUGGGGAUAAGAGUGUCCUUAAUUGGCGUCUGGCUGGAUUUCUUGGGAGUCUAAAUGUCGUCGAUGACCAGCGUCAACGGGAUUUGGCUCUGAAAAUACUCCGGACGUGUCCUGAGCUUGUGAGAGUGUUCUGGCCUCGGUCACGGCUGAAAAGGGAGGCUACACUUUCCUCGCUCUGGAUAUCUAGUGUGUCUUUCGUAGGCAUUGUUAUAUCCAUGCCUAUUCCCGCUGCAUGCUUUCGCACUGUUGACCCCAUUUCAAGUCGCGGUCCCUCAACGGGGGCUACAUUUAACCCAACCCCCCCACCUCUAUCUUCAUUGGUGGAGAAUACUCUGCCGUCGAUUUUGACCAGAGAAUGUCUGUCUAAGGCGCUGCAUUCUAGCACAGAGCCAUUGAUUAAACAUUCUACCGCUCUGAUGCUUGCCAAAUGCCUGGAUAAAUUUGAGGAAAUCCGUCUAUGCUUCUUGCGAAUAGAGCGAAUCUUGGAAGAAGAUGAAGAAUUUGGUUUCUGGACGCGCAGACGAAUCGAGUUCGAAAAGGAGAUGAAAAGACGAUUGCCCGACGUCCAGAUGAUUAUCCAAUUUCUCCCCCCUAAAUCGGCUCACGAUGCUGUUUCCACGGGGCCUGAUGAGAAGAAGGAAUCGGAAACCGCCUCCAAGACACCAGCCUCUUCCCAAUCUCCAAAUCCUUUCCGUGACGCAUUACUGAGUGAAGCUGCAUUGCGGUUGAUGUGGCAAUAUCACCGUUCACUUCCGGCCCUAAUGAGUGGGACUCGUUUCAAUUCCGGACAGUUAGUGAGGCUAUUAACAGACACUCGCAAGGAGCUCUCUCCAUCCCCGGAAAUCGCCAACACCAAGGGGAUUUCGUUGUUGGGAUCGCUCCACGUGCUUCGUCUUCUGCAGGAGAGCGACAAAUUUGCGUGGCAAAACUCUGGUCUUCAACACACUUAUUUGUACCCCAUCUUCGUAUUAUAUCUGGAGACAUCCGCGGGAAUUCUUCGCCAGACGGCGGAAAAGCUCCUUAAAGCCGUCCUCAGUAGAACUCCUCUUUUUGACCACGAUCCGGAUGAGGUUGAGCUGUGGCUGGACAGUUUGCCCCGCCUCGGGCGUUCACCCUCUGCUAAAUCCCCCGAGGGAUUCCCGCUGACCGAUGAACGCGCUAGUGUGCUGACCUUCCUUGACGACAGUAUUCGACGGUGUAUGCAGACGCCAUAUCCCUACUUUGAGAAAAGUCUCGCGAUGCUCAAAGGCAUUCAAACAGCCGACCACGAUGAUCCUUCUGUUCCAGUACACCGUCGGGAGAUCCCUAGUCCUUUAUUCUCAGUCAUUCUGGAAGGGUUCAUUUCUAAAGCCGAACAGGACCCUCCAGGUCUGACAUCAUCAGAUGUUCUUGCCAUAGCAACUUUUGUCCGGAAAUUGACUCAAAAUUUUACUUGCAAGUACUCAGACUCGCGACAGACUUCCGUUCUUGUUCAAGAGGCUGUCCGUGCGCUUAGACGAAUCUCAGCCAAAGCUGCAUAUGGCAGCCUACGCAACGGCCUAGAACGAGAGAUCCGUUUUUUGACUGCCGGCCUCUUGGGCGUGGCCCCUACCCGUGAUCGAACUAUUGGUGAUUCGUUUGUGGCUGUGGACGACUUUUUGACCUCUGUGGAGAGCCUUUCAGAACCAUUAGAUAUUGCAUUGGACUCCAUGAUGCUAGUUGAUUGGGUUCGUCUUGUAGAUCCGCCCCUAGACUGGCAGCGAGUGAACCGCAUGGCCAAGAUUAUGAAAAACUGGGACAAUCAUUCGGCUGCUAUUCAAGAAUUUUGUUCUUUUGUAGAUCCACAGUCAGCGUCACUUACUGCAUUCAUUCCCGAUCCGACUCCAGACUUCAUGGAGAGCUUCAGACCUGGUAUCUUCUGCGCGGUCGCGUUGGCGGAUUUCCAAAGAUCAGACUUGCAGCAAUGGCUACCGUAUCUAGUCAUUUCAGAGAAAUCCCCUGCUCGUUUGACUUACGCCUCUCGAUUGCUUUUACAUAAGCUGGGAUCCAACCCCAACAUCGUGGACGCAGUGUUAAUCAUCCUGCUUAACAUCGUACAGGAAGCCAAAGCUUGCAGCAUCUAUGAUGCCUCCACCCUUGUCGAAGUGCUUUUUUCGGAUCGCAUUGGCUUACGGAGUCACAUCGUUGGAAUUUUGGAAUCGUCAAGAAAUCUUGGGCCUUUAAUCCGCGAAGUUGCAGACCCAUCCAUGAUCGUAAAUCACGUUGCGCCAAUAUCCCUUCGCUGGUUGGAGAAAAUGAGAGGCGCGCAACGUGCGUCAUUUCAAUUCUCUACUGGGCUGCCUUGGCUGCCGUUUCUCGACGAUUCACAACUCAUUGAAGUCUUUGAUUCGCUUAUUGAUUCUUCCCCCCUCAACAGCGGGAGUGUGGUCUUAGAUGAUUUCCUUGCUUCGUUAACGACGGGGUUGUUACAGAGACGAAGUGAAUUUGCACGCAAGGCUCUCCGGGAACGUCUACCCGCAUUAGUUUCGCUUCCAUUAUCAGCUUCGCCCAGGAUUGGUGCCCUAGUAUCAGAUAUCCUAAGAUGCCAUCUUCCUCCAGGAAUAGAGGAUCUGGAAGGCUUGCGUCGUAUUGUCCUUAGCGAAGUCAUAAACGAUGCUAAUGAGCGCUGGACUCGAACUCCAUCAAUUGAUCUACAACUUCCAGAUGCUACGGAUAUCGACUCAACUCUUGUUGGGACAGACCAAAUUGGCGCAAACGCCUUGCAUCUCAGUUCAAACCUGACUUUUCGUUUCGUGGAAUGGGUGAGAAACAAGCCGAGUGAUGAGGUCAUUGAACGCCACUUGAAGACGUUCCAUGCCAUCUUGGAUUCAUGCUCGAUUGCUACGAAUACGAAAACGUCCAAACCUGAAUAUCCCCACUUAAAUGGCAUGAUACUCCCCCUGUUACGAAGACUGCGUUCGGAAUCGCUUUCGCUCAAAAAUGCUGGGGUGAUUGUUGAAUGCCUUUUGUCCAUUUUUCGCCUCCACCCAUCACAAAACGAGACCCUCAUUGGCUUUAUUUUGGAUGAAGUUCAAGCACCACCCCAACAGAUCAGCAUCUCAGUCCACUUCCUCCUUUUCUUGUAUCGAUUACUUCAGACGAAUACCGGCGAAAAGGCCCAGUUACUUCUAAAUUCUGUCAUUAACCGCGGCUUGGAAUGGGUUGUGCGUCGUUUCUCGGAAGAUGACGAAGACUCUCCAGAGACGUUAAGCUUGCUUGACAUGUUUGGAUACCUCCUCGAAAUCGCACCAGAUGUUCAAGCACCGUUAGCGGACCCCGUUCUCACCGCAGGUGUAAAGAACAGACUUUGGGUAUAUCAAGCUUUGCAAUUCAUGGCCAAGUUAGCGACGCGUACCAAACUCAAGCCCGUCGCCUCUAAUCGCCUCUUACAGAGUGUGUUACACCACCCAGACUUCCCGGUACUGACUACUGCGCGCAAACGUCUUCCUUCUGAGAAUGACACCCGGUCCCCGAUCACCUCUCUGCUUCAUGCCCUAUUUUUUAUGCACCCAGAAAAUUCGUGUCAGCCAACGCAUGUGGCCCCUUUGAUCGGGGUAUACGGAGGGACAUUGUCCACUUCAGAUCGGAAAAUCAUCUCAAUCUUGAGAUUGUUUGAGCGUGAACGACGUCUAUCAGUUAUGGCGAUCGUCAAGAAUUGGAACGGAAGCUCGGGUCCCGUUUCUCACACUUCGGUUGUUGAUGCGAUAACUAAUCUGGAUCCUGAGGUGGUGAUGAGAACAUGUCUCACGCCGUUUGUUUUCGGAGAACCCUCAAUGCACAGCAAUGCUGGACGGGACGAGGGAGCUGUCUAUGAACCCCAGUUCAUCAUUUCGUUGCUGAAUGCGGCAUCACUUGAGGGUGGGUUGACUGGUAGUCAAUGGGCUCAAGUGUUCCAGACGAAUGCACCCUGUAUCGCUGUCCGAGCUCUUUCCUCAGACGACGAGAGUAUUCGAGCGUCCGCUUCCCUAUGUCUAGCCACUUUGCUAUACUAUGUCGAGUCUGCGGAUUUCAGAGAAAGGGACGAAACGAUCUAUGUUCUCAACCUCCUUAGGAAUAUCAUACCGCCGGCCAGUCCUAACGCAUCCCCUCCACGAGUUACAACCUAUGUCACACUGAUCGUGGCCCAUGCCUUAAGAUCGAUAUAUAACCCGUCUCACUUCAUAUAUCCAAUGGUUAUGCGCUUUCUCCUCCAGCAGCCGACGCUAGAUGAUACAAGCGUUCCCCUCCUGUUCAGGAUGCUGUACAGCACAAAUGACAGUUCUGGAAAACAAGCGAGUUGGAAAUUAGAGCGAGGUUGGAUCAUCCGCUUCAUUGCCGAUGGUAUGAUAUCGACGCAGGACUGGACGGUUUUCUCCCACCGUCAUCAGUGGGACCGCCUGGCCGGUAUUUUCCAAACUCCCGAAACGGAUCAAGCCACACGGCGUGGUAUCCUGAAUGUACUCGUCCGAUUGAGCUUGGAUGCCACGGCAACUUCGUCACUCGUGAGGCGUUUCGGUUUACUUUCCUGGAUACAAACCCAACUCCAUAAGACAGUCGCAGAAGAGGUAGAAAUCUGGCUUGAGAUUCUCGGGAAUAUCUCUCGCGUGCUGGAGUCGACCAGAGAUGCACCCAGGAUCCCGGGCGCUUGGGGUUCGUCUGUUGCAGAGUGUCUUGGGCUUAUUCUUGGGGAUCCAAGUAUAACCCUAAGACAAUUGCUCCAGAUCAGUAUCGUGAUUAAGCACAUCUCGCCUAUAAAUAUGCACAUUCCCACCACGCAAGCGCUUUUGGAUUCGCUGCGUAGGGUGCUCGAGCGACUAGAACCAACCAUCUCGACGUCCGACUUCCGAUUGGAAGAAAUUGUUAUGUGUGGAAUCUCCAUGUCAAAGACGGAACGGGAGGGGCACGCUCUCCGUCCAUCCACCCCAGAUUUAUGGAUAUGGGGUCGUUCCAUCGAGAUUAUCUGGCAAUCGCUCAUGGUUUCUAACGCUGACGAGCGGCGACAUGCACGCAUCUGGCGCGAUUUCACCUGUCGCUUGCUCAUUUGGAGUUCAAUCAAUCAGGACAGCGAAGCAGGGAAGUGGGCAAAGGAUCAGGUCAUCAAGAACAUGCACCGAUCACAAGCAUAAAUCAAUGAGAGGAUGUCGGAUUUAUCCAAGUAAAAUACAAAGUACUAAUGCUAAUGUAAUACGCCUA